AUGACUACUGAAAGCGUAAAAGUCGUUGUUCGAUGUAGGCCAUUUGUGGACAAAGAAACCAAAAUGGGAUGCAAAAAGAUAAUUGAUGCUGAGAAAAAUAUCACCUAAAUAUCAAUAUCAAAGCCAGAUGAUCGAGACACAAUCAAAAGUUUCAGAUUUGAUGAGGUCUUUGAUGAGAAUUCAACCUAACAAUAAAUCUAUGAUGAGGUCGCCUUCUCUCUUGUUGAAUCAGUUUCUGAGGGCUAUAAUGGUAUCUAAUUUAGAAUUCAUAAUAUAUUCAAAUUAGGGACGGUGUUUGCCUAUGGACAAACUGGUUGCGGAAAAACUCACACAAUGAUAGGUAAUCUUGAUGAUGAUAACCAAAAGGGUAUCAUGCCAAAAUCAUUCAGUCACGUAUUUUCAGCUAUUUCAUCGGAAAACAACAAAGGAAAACAAUUCCUUAUAAGAUGUUCCUUCAUCGAAAUUUACAAUGAGGAAAUAAGAGAUCUCCUUAAUAUGGAUUAACAUAACAAGAGGAAACUUGAAAUCAAGGAGAAUCAAGACUAAGGGGGAGUGUACAUAAAAGACUGCAUAAUUAAGGUAGCUCAUUGUGCAGCAGAUCUUGAGAAAGCACUAAAGGAUGGCAAUAAAAACAAAACUAUGGGUGAAACUUAGAUGAACAGGGAUUCUUCUAGAUCUCACUGUAAUGGACAAUAAAAAAUCAAAAUGGGGAAGCUUAACCUUGUUGAUUUAGCUGGUUCAGAAAAGCAAAAGAAAACUGGAGCGACUGGUGUUAGAUUGAAGGAAGCAACCAAAAUCAAUUUGUCAUUAUCAGCUUUGAUGAAUGUGAUUACUUGUUUAGUUGAUGGUAAAAGUUCUCAUAUACCAUAUAGAGAUUCUAAGUUAACCAGACUAUUACAAGACUCAUUGGGAGGAAAUACCAAAACCUGUAUGAUAGCUAAUAUAUCUCCAGCUGACUACAACUAUGAUGAAACUCUCUCAACUUUGCGAUAUGCAGAUAGAGCUAAAUAGAUUAGAAAUAAACCAAAGAUUAAUGAAGAUCCAAAAGAUGCUCUUCUCAGAGAAUAUGCAGAAGAAAUAAAAAAGCUAAAGGAGUAACUUGCUUCGAUAAAUACUACAAGUGUAAAUGUGCAGUAAUAACUUCCAGAGCCAGCUUUAAGUCAGACUCCUGUUUUGCUUACACAAUAAUCUGAAAACAAGCCAAAUUUAAAUACUUAAUCACUAAAUUUCUAGAACUAAUCUCAUUCAGCAACUUAAAUAGAUAAUUUUAGGAAUUCUCAGACUCAAAAAUAAAGCAUCCACAAUUCAUUGUCGCAGUCUCCUCAUUUGAAGUAGGGGAUUCCAAAGAUGCGAAAUGCUAAUGAUUACACUAGUUCAGGUGGAAGCUUUGUAAGCCACCCAAAGAAUAGCUAAUAGUCAUAAUUAGCUGAUGAGGAAUUUGCCCUAUCCAAUAGUGAAUUUAUGACAGAGCAUGAUUAUAACAGCAAAAGCGUAAGCCCUAUAAAUUCUAUUGGAGGUCGUAAAUUUGUGGCAAAUCUAAACAGGACGAUUGAAUAAAAAGAAAGCUCCUCUGUAGAUGAAUAGAUGAAAUAAAGAAUGGAAUAGGAGCUAAAAGCAAAAUAAGAACUGGAAAGUAAACUAAGGGAGUUGCAAGAGUAACUUUAAAUGGGUGGUAAUUAGAUAUUAGAGGCUUAAUAAGAAAAAAUGAAUUAGUAUAGGGAAUUCUAAAUUAGGUUGAAAUAGCAAAAGUAAAGAGAAAAAGAACUAUUGGAAGUGAAAAUUAAGCAAGAGGAGGAAAUGAUGCUUGUGGAAAAGAAUUAUCAUACUCUUUAAGAAGAAGUAGAUGACAUGAGAAAGUUGAUAAAAAUAUUCAGGACUAAAUACAGGCAAGCAGUAAAUGAAAUCAAAGAUUUAAAUACAGAACAUAAUAGAGAAAGAGCUGAGUUAUUUGAAAAUCUUUAAGACUAUGAGAAAGAAAAUGCUCUUUAUAGAGAGCUUAUGAGAACUCUCAUAAGUGAUAGUGAACUUAGUAAACUUGUAAACAAAUGUGAUUACGAUCCUGAUAACAAAAAAUGGGAUGUUCCUUUGUUUAUUAUCAAAGAAAAAUCUGUUUAGCUGCCUAAAAUGCCUGGUGGUCUUAAUAGCAAUAAAGCUAAAGCUGAUUACAAGUAAUAGCAAUUCAAGUAAAAUCGAGAUAUAAAUUAGGCAUUAGUAAUUGAUAGAACAACAGUUUAAACAUAGUAAAUUAAUAGAGUCGCAAACUAACAUUCUGAUGUUCUAGUUAAGAGAUCUUUGAGUUAAACUAAUUACGAUAAAUGGAAGGAUUUUAGUUAAGGUCGUAAAACUCUUUAAGAUUUCGCUGAAGCUCCAAGCAUGAAAUAAUUGGCUUUAAUCUCUAAUACUGAGCAACCAUUAAACCUUUCUAAUCAAAAUAAAGUUGAAAAAUAGUCUUAAUCUAAUCUAAACUCUUUCUCUCUUCCAAAAUCUAGAGACAAUAGCUUAGAAAGCCAAAUUGUUGCAGUUGUAGCUAAUAAAAAGCCUAAAAAGAAGAUUUAAUUAAAGCCAUUGAUUCCUCCUACAAAUUAAUCAUAUUAGUAAGAAUCUGGAUCUACAAAAAAUAUCAAUUCAAAUGGAGACAUCUUUAAUCAUAAUGAUUCAUCGAAAUAUAAUUUCCUUGACAAGAGUAUUGGUUUUGUUACAAAUACUUCAAGCACUCCAACGAGCAAUUUCGCAUAAUCUCAGUACAGUCUAAGCAGCUAAAAGUUGCCUACAAAUAUGAAGCCAAUAAACCUAAAAGUUUCUUAAAAAUUAAAUCCAAUUGCCAAGAAAAACCUUAUCAACUAGCUUAAAGCCCACCUUGCAAAAGAUUCUACGAUAAAUAACUUAACUAAUUCUAACAAUACCAAUAAUAACUAUAACAUCAUUCAUAAAACUGACAUCUAACAGCUUAACUUUAACUUCUUUAAAACUUCCAAAAAUGAAAGUCCUGAAGUGAAUGAAUCUGAUUCAUAACAUAGCAGCAAAAAUAAUAGCAAACAGAGCGCAUCAUUUUCAGCCUAAAGAGAUGGCUCUAAUCAUGAUAAGAGUAGCAAAAGGAAAAGUAUUGAAUUGAACAUAAAGGCGACUCUAGACAUUGAUGAAUUUUGA